AUGGCGGAGCACAUUCACAAUCCGCAUUCAGCCACUGGCGUCGGUGUUCACCAUCAACAACAAUCCCCACCUCAACCGCCUUACCCGUGGAACAAUGGCCUUUCCAGUGACCAAUGCGCCCCGCACGACAAGGAAAGCGACUACUGGGGUGGCGGCCGGGGCGCGAAACAAGGUUACGAGGCGAAAAUGAACGCGGACCAUGGUCAGCUGCAGAAAGGUGAUGAGCAGUAUCGAGGCGCCGGUGGCUCGAGCAGCGGAAGUCCGCCGGCCAGUCUGUUGGUGGUUCCUCAACCACUCACCGUAAAACCUUCCCAUCCGUCGCAUUUAAAUUCCCAUCUUGGUGGACCUCAUUCGCAUCCACCGAGGAAGUACCAAUGUAAAAUGUGCCCACAGAUAUUCGGUAGCAAGGCGGAUCUGCAGCUCCACACGCAGAUUCAUAUGCGCGAGGCGAAGCCGUACAAAUGCACGCAGUGCUCCAAGGCGUUCGCCAACUCCUCGUACCUGUCGCAGCAUACGAGGAUCCACCUGGGCAUUAAGCCGUACCGUUGCGAGAUCUGCCAACGGAAAUUCACCCAGCUGAGCCAUCUACAGCAGCACAUCCGCACGCACACUGGCGAUAAGCCGUACAAGUGUCGGCAUCCUGGCUGCACGAAGGCGUUCAGCCAAUUGAGCAACUUACAGAGCCAUUCCCGAUGCCACCAGACCGACAAGCCGUACAAGUGUAACUCCUGUUACAAGUGCUUCUCCGAUGAGCCAAGUCUGCUCGAGCACAUACCGAAGCACAAGGAGUCGAAGCACCUGAAAACGCACAUCUGCCAGUACUGCGGUAAGAGUUACACCCAGGAGACCUAUCUGGCGAAGCAUAUGCAGAAGCACGCAGAGAGAACGGAUAAGAGACCGCCGAUCAUCGGCACGGGCCUCAGGCCGUCGAUACACGCGAUGACCGCUCACCAUCAGGACCACUACUGGCCCAAAGUUAGCCCGGACACAGUGAUCGGCGACUUGCACGAGAGGUUGCCGCACCAUCACACAGAGUACCAUCAGAAUCAGAAUCCGGAGAUGUUAUUGCCGGGACACGGGCAUCGCGCUGGCGAGUCUAUAGAGAACGACUCGAGGCAACAGACACCCCAACCAGGGGCGAAUCAUCAUCCUAACAGCAGCUCGGCCUUCACGCCGAUUUCGUCGAUUUCGAUCAAUUCAAUCUCUUCAAUGCAGCACCCGUUAAAUCCGCUGAAUCACCUGCACUACCCUGGUAGCCAUCAUCCGGCAUCCCGACCGUACCUCUACGAGGCGUUUAACACGACGCAGAAGUCGUCGCCAACGUCCUCGACGACAGGUGUGACGCCCGGCACUACCAGCAAUCAGAACGCUACGUCCUUCCCGAAUCAGUUGAUCAGCCUUCACCAGAUUAGGAAUUACGCCCACCAGCCAAAUCUCGGCAAUCUGGGCAACCUGGGGAAUUUAGGGAACUUGAGCAAUCUCAGUAAUCUCAGUGCCACGAUGGAGAGCCAUGCGUUGCUAGGUGGUCUUAAAGAUAAGCAGUAA